GGCAACAUGAGGCCUUUGACGGACGCCAAUCCAAAUGUCAAUAUUGUAAGUUCUAUGACAGAAGAAAUAGUGUCUUGCAAUGAGUUCCAUACAACUAUUUUAUUUACUUUUACCAAUUGUAAUUUCAAAUGAAAUUGAAGAGAAAAUUAGACCGACGUUUACAAAUUUUCGAAAAAAGGUUGAAGAAGUUUUACCAGAAACGACUCUUGCUGACGAUGAUACAUCAAACAUUGUAUCGUUUUUGGUCAAAAAUGUUAAAGAGCUAUUUGGUUCACAUUUAGUAGUAAGCGAUGCUGGUCAAAUGAAAGAGGAGGAUACUACGCCUAUACAUGAAGUAAUUACUAGUAAUUCGAAGACGAAACUCUUGGCGGUAUAUAAAAACCAAACUAUAACAAAAUCGGAGUUUGAGGACGGAGCGACGAAUUUCCUAAUACAGGAUCUAUUAAUAAAGAAUGAAUUGUUCAAUCUAUCUAGGGAUUUAGAUGCUAUAUCGAAGGAGGAAGCUACGGAAAAAGCUAUUAAAGCUAUAAAAUCUACAGUUGAUACAACUACCGUACAGAUAACUCAGGAACCAAAUGUUUCAUUAACCAGAAAGUCUUGUAUAUUUUGUAAUAACGUUGACAUAGAAGAUUGUACUGAUCCUAAAAAUAAACUAAUACCAUCCACCGUGUGCGAACAAGACGAAGAUUUGUGUUAUUCUCAGCACACUCCGUUUGGCAUAAUUGACCGUGGCUGCUUCAAUAUAAAUCGCAAUGUUACGUUGUAUGUUUGUUCGUGCAAUCUUUGUAAUUACCUUGCCAUUUCUGAAAUGCCGCAAAUAUUUUCUACGAAGCGAGAUUGGAUUGAAAAUGUCAUAGAAAUGUCUAGGACAAAGCGCUUCAGGCUGUCUGUCUUCAAAGAUAUGACGUGUUUGCGAUGCGAAGCUAACGUAACUAGGAAGAGUAAAGACAUUGUCGAGAGCACUAAUUGUUUAGAAGGCAAUAUAGGUGCGUUGCCAAUACAAGAGUGCUCUGAUGACGAGAUCUGCGGUGUUCGAGCUAUAAGAAGCGAAGGCUACCUCUGGCGUGGUUGUAUCUCCCGUCCUUUGUAUAACUAUUGGUGGAAUCUAUGUGAUACUGAUUUGUGUAAUUAUGAUGCUUUGGUAUCAAUGUACGAUAAUUUUUGGUGA